UAAUAAUAAAAGUACUCAAAAAAGUUACUUAAACUUUUUAACCGAAGUGCCAAAACACUGACGGGAAUGACAUAACGCUAAAGUGGUCCCCUGCCGCCAGAACAUAAGAUUUAUAUUGAGUAACUCUAUGGGCGGCAUCGUGAUAAAGUAUGGAUGCUCGCCAUUCAGCCUGAAAAUUAUUUCUCGUUCAUACUCGGUGUAGUAAGUAAAAUGAAGCUGAACGAUUGGUUCUUAGCGUUUACUUUGCUGUUCCUUCUAUCGACAUCCGAAUCUCUAGAGAGACUUUCAAAGGCUUUAGAACUUCUCGCUAACCAAGAAGAAGAGGACAUAAUACCAAACACGUGCGAAACCCAGCAAAGUACCAUUCACGUAAACAAAGAAGAAUAUGACGAAGUUGGAAGCGUCGUUAGAUCUUGUAGCGGCGAUGUUUUAGUGACAAAGUGCGAAGGAACUUGUUCGUCUCAAGUAGAACCGAGCGUGGUGAUGCCUACAGGAUUCACGAAGUCUUGUCAAUGCUGCAGAGAAACUUGGAUGACCCAAAAAGAAACACGCCUAACUGAUUGUUACGAUUCGAAUGGGCAGAAAAUAUACGGAGAAUUGGGAACUAUGAUUAUAUUUUUGAAAGAGCCAGAUAGCUGUGCCUGUCACAUCUGCGGUUAGUAUUGUUUCCACUUGCAAAAACAGUAAACAUGUUGACCAAAUACAGUAUGUAAUUUGAAAUUAAUAUUAUUCUGUAAACGUGAUUUAUGAAAAAAAUUAA